AUGCGGGCACAGUGUAUGCGGAGGACACCGCUCAGUGUGAUCCUCGGACUCCUGUUCCUGAGCGUGGCAGCCACAAGCAAGUGCUCGGGCAAGUACCAUGAACUCCUCCUGCAGCUCCGGCAUCAGGCGGACCUCAUGCAGGACACCAGCACGCUCCUGGACCCCUAUAUCCGCAUCCAAGGCCUGGACACGCCAGCACUGAAGGACCACUGCAGGGAGUGCCCCGGGGCCUUCCCCAGCGAGGACGCCCUGCGGGGGCUCAGCAGACAGGGCUUCCUGCGGACCCUCAAUGCCACGCUGGGCCUUGUCCUGCACAGACUGACCGCUUUGUAUCAGGACCUCCCUGAAGCCCAGCAGUCGGUGGGACUGAACAUCCGCGGGUUCAGGAGUAACAUCCACUGCAUGUCCCAGCUGCUGCGCAGCUCCUUGGAGGCGGAGACACCUGAGCCCACUCAGCCAGGCCCCGGGCUCACGCCGCUACCCACACCGCCCUCAGACGCCUUCCAGCAAAAGUUGAAGAGCUGCAGGUUCCUGUGCGGCUACCACCGCUUCAUGCACUCUGUGGGGCAGGUCCUCCGGGAGUGGGGGGAGAGCCGGAGCCGGAGCCGGAGACACAGCCCCUGCCGCGCCCCUGGAGACACAGCCCUCGCAAGGCCCUGCAGAGGGGGGGCCCGCAGGACGUGGCCCUUCCGGAGGGACAGGAGACUCAUGCCGAGGGGACAGCUGCCCCGGUAG